AUGACGUCCCGUCUCAAGCACAAGCUUGAGCUGGAGAAUGUCAACCUCAAGAGCCGUUACGUCAACGAGUCCUUUGUUCAGAUCGGCACACCAUUGCCCGCCCUCGCCGACGCAAAGAAGGACAACCAGGAGUACCUCCCCGUCUGGGAGCAGGAGGUGCGCGACGAGAAGGGAAGACGACGAUUCCACGGCGCCUUCACUGGUGGCUUUUCUGCUGGCUACUUCAACAGUGUUGGAUCCAAGGAAGGAUGGGCUCCUCAACAGUUCAAGUCGUCGCGCAACAGCCGUGCACAGCACAACCAGCGCGCAGAGGACUUUAUGGACGAGGAAGAUCUCGCGCAGCUCAACGACGACCGGCGGCUCGAGAACACCGACACUUUCAAGCAGGAUGCGUUCGCUGGUACGCGCGAGGACCUGGGUAACAAGAGCCUUUCUGGAGCUCUAGAGUCGCUCAUCGUCCCCGCCAAGACCUCCAUCGGCCAGACCCUCCUCCAGAAGCUUGGAUGGCGGCCUGGACAGGGCCUCGGGCCUCGUGUUACGCACCGCAAGCUCAAGAUCCAAGAGGGCAAACUCGGCCGCGUUCGUGCGGGAAUGGAAGAAGAUGACGACGACGAGCCCCCACAGGCCAGCAAGCACACGUACGCACCCCGUGAUGCCCGUCUGCUCGUGUACGCCGCCAAGGACGACAAGGAGGGCUUGGGAUUCGAGAAGGGACAAGGAAUGGGCAAGUUGCCGUCAAGACGACCAAUGUAUGGCGCAGGACUGGGAGAUGAUGAUGACGACGAUGACCCCUAUGGCGCCGGUCCAAGUGCUUCCAUGGACAGUCGCCACUACGCAUUCGACGAGAACGGCGAGCUGGAGGACGACGUUAUUGUGAUGGGCGGACCAUCCGAGUCACGUCAAACCACCGAGACACGCGCCACUGGAUCGGGAGACAGGUGGCACGACGGACGCGCUGUGUUGGUCGGCUUUGUUCUGGACGUCAAGGGUGUACCUGGCGAUAAAUGGUGGCCUUUCCCCGAAAUCCCAGCACACUGGAGCCCCCAGCCAUCGCGCGUCUGUGGAGAGAAACCACGCAAUGAAACGAUUCGCGGCGCACCUGGGCAACCACUCACCCAUGAACAGCGCGGUACUGCUCUUGGAGAAGAAGCUCGCGUGUCUGCAGCCAAGUCUGUGUUCGAAUUCAUGUCUGAGAAGGACCGCGAGCGUUUGGAGGCCUUUGCCAAGGCUGCGAGGGAGAAGACUGCUCCACCGCCGGCAUUAUCACUCCAGCCCGAGCCCGAGCUCGCACCUGAACGCGCCACGGAGGUGAUGAUCCCGCCAUUGUCACCACGUACAGCGUCGGCUGCUCUGCAAGGGUUUAUUCCGUACGGGGACGACCAAGCCAAACAGGAUCGGUACCGGUCAUAUCUUCGUUCGCAAACGCACAACACGAGACACCCCAACCCCGAACUACUCCCAUCCACUAACGUCGACGAGGUCAACAAUGAGCUUGCGUCGUUUGCAGCUUCGGCUCGUAUCUUCAAGCCAAUGUCGUAUGCCAUGUCGUCCCGCUUCACGUCUGGAAGCGCAUCGCUGGCGGCCACGGACAUGAAGCAAGCCAAGGCCGGCUUGCAUAUCUUUGACCCCACCAAAGCGCCGCUGCAGUUUGCCAAGGCGCAGAACACCGAGGUUGAGGUGACCAAGGUCCUGACCCCUCGCGAGCAAGCCGCCGCCGAUGGGCAGUAUGGCAAGCUCACCCGCGUGGUCAAGGACUUUUACCCUGUCAAGCUUGUGUGCCGCCGAUUCCACGUUCAGGACCCGCAUCCCGAGGGCCCACCUGAGGGUGGCAGCGGCACUGCGACCCCGACAGCUGGUGGUACUGGGUUUGAAUCGUCUCUGCCAAAGAACGAUGCGUCAUGGGAGUCCAAGUUCAUCCACCAGCCUGGCACCGACCGCGAGAACACGCCGCCAUCCGGUGACGAGGAGCCAGAGGAGCGCGCUCCUCGCAACCUCGCCGAAGUCGGUAUGGCCGAGGACGCCAACCAGGGCCGCGACAUUCUUACAUACACCAAGCCCAGCAUUGACAUAUUCAAGGCCAUCUUUGCGAGUGACGACGAGGACGAUGAUGACGACGAGGACGACGUGCCCAAGAAGGCCGUGGUCAAGGCGUCCGAGGCACCAAAGGAUCCCUUCCCUGUGGACGAAAAGCCAGUCGACUACGCAACGUUCAAGCCGGUCUUCCUGGGUGGCAAGGAAGGAGGCGACAAGGAGAAGAAGAAGAAGGACAAGAAGGAGAAGAAGAAGCGCAAGGGAGCACUCUCGUUUGACGUUGGAGAUGACGAUGAGGAGGGAAGCGUCGAGGUCAAGCCCAAAAAGAAGCCCAGAGCCAGAGCAGUGGAGGUUGCCGACGAAUGGGUGGAGAAGGCGUCUCCAGUGCCAGCUGCCCAACGCGAACCUCGACAGGACGACCCUCCCGCUGCCUCCUCUGCCCCGCGGUUCGGACGCAAGGGUGCGGCCGACUUCAUGUAG